CAGAUGGUUCAUGUCGAAUGUGGGUAUCAAGGAAGAGGGAGAAGGAGAUAAGGAGAUUCAGAGCCGCGAGAUCCAGCUCAGAUACGACUUAGACGACAAACAAAGGCUGCAUGAGAUGAUGCAGCUAGCAGAAAGACUGGAGGACUAUGUUUAAAAGAAAUCAAAGAGGACAGAUGUGACAUGGUUUUAUGACUGUUGGUCCGCAGACCUCCAUCAAGGAUGCUAUUAAGAACUUUGAAACAAAAUGGAACUGUGUUGCAAGUGAGGAAAGCAAAGUAUUGCUUUAUGGGCAACUGCCUCCAGUCGUGAAGAUGGACAACACUCUUGGAACACUAAAAGCUUGCAAGCACCUCUCACUCUCUUCAAACUGCAUUGAAAAGAUCGCUGGUCUCAAAGGGCUUGAGCAACUAGAAGUGUUGUCUUUAGGUCGAAAUCAGAUUAAAAAAUUGGAAGGAUUGGAUGACGUUGCAUCUACUCUAAAGGAGCUGUGGAUCUCAUAUAAUCUUUUGGACAAAUUGAAUGGCAUAGAGAAGUUAACAAAUUUGACAGUAGUCUACAUGAGCAAUAACCUGAUUGCAAAGUGGACUGAAUUUGAUAAGUUUAAAGAGUUGCCCAACAUCGAAGAAUUGCUGUUUGUAGGAAACCCAUUGUGGGAGGUGCAUACCAAAUCGGACGACUAUCGGAUCAACGUUGCCGGGAGAAUCCCAUGGCUGAAAAAGCUCGACGGUGUUCCAGUAGAUGACGAUGAAAGAGAAGGAGGGAAGGCUCUUGGUUUGUAAUCUCUGUCUCCCUGUCUCAGUAAAAUCAUAAUCUCACUGAUC